AUCACUGAAACUUUAGUGUACUAAUUGCUCGCUAUAAGCUAGGUCAUUGCGCCCCUAAACCAACUGACAACUCUUACCUCCCCGGAACUCAAACUUUAACCAAAAGCUUAAAGAUGACAGACCAGCCAAAUGAGUUCAAGUUAGCCGAUGCCCCAGAUGAUGGGAUCACAGCCAUCAAGUUCAGUCCAACCUCGUCGCAAUUUCUGCUGGCCUCUUCCUGGGAUAGUCACGUCCACCUCUAUGAUGUUAUUGAGAACAAGAGGAGGUUACGAUUCAACCAUGGUGAACCCGUAUUGGACUGUUGCUUUUAUGAUGCUGUCCACAGUUACAGUGGAGGUUUGGACCACCAGCUGAAAGCUUUUGAUCUAAAUACUCAUCAAGAAACAACUAUUGGCCGACAUGCUGAUGCAGUGCGAUGCGUGGAAUACUGUUCAGAGCUGAAUUAUAUUGUGACUGGAAGCUGGGAUUCAACAAUAAAACUAUGGGAUCCCCGUGCACCAUGUCUCGUGGGGUCGUAUUCACAACCAGAAAGGGUCUAUACCAUUGGGGUUACUGGUAAUCAGUUAGUUGUUGGUACAGCACUCCGCAAAGUUUUAGUUUGGGAUCUACGAAAUAUGGGAUAUGUACAACAAAAAAGAGAGUCCAGUUUAAAGUACCAGACAAGAUGUAUUCGAACCUUCCCGAACAAACAAGGAUAUGUCCUAAGCUCUAUAGAGGGUCGUGUAGCAGUUGAAUAUCUCGACCCAAGCCCUGAGGUUCAAAAGAAGAAGUAUGCUUUCAAAUGCCAUCGUAUCAAGGAGGAUGGAAUGGAGAAGAUCUACCCUGUGAAUUCCAUCGCCUUCCACAGCCUAUACAACACAUUUGCCACUGGAGGGUCGGAUGGUUUUGUCAAUGUUUGGGAUGGUUUCAACAAGAAACGACUCUGUCAGUUUCACAGGUACCCGACCAGCAUUGCCUCCCUGUCAUUCAGCCACGAUGGCACAGCCUUAGCGAUUGCAUCUUCCUACAUGAUGGAGAUGGAUAACGUAGAGAAACCAGCAGAGGACGCCAUCUAUAUUCGGAAUGUUUCGGAUCAAGAGACGAAACCAAAAUAGAUAGGACGCGUUAACUGGGACAUUGUUUGAUAUCAGUGCAUUUAAGAUGAGAAAAAAUUUGAUGUCCAAUGAAUUUUUUUCAUGAGACUUUACCCAGACAGACAAAAUGGGUUUUUCUCCACUUUAGAUAAGACAGUUCUGCAUUUGUUGUCCCUGUUGAUAGUUCUUGAACUGUCUCUUCAUCAUCACUAUCAUUAUCAUCAUAAUUUGGUUGAAGGUCAGCCUAUUGCUUGUACAAUUGUCUCUUGCAUAUGUAGUUGGCAACUUGCUGUAGAAUCAAUGACGUGAACAAUUUGUGGUACAUUGAUAUUCACACAAAGUUUUUCAAAUGGGAGUAACUUGGAAUGUAUUUUGUCAAUCUCUUUUUUUGAAAAAAAAAAAA